AUGGUUGGUAUAGAUUCAGUUCAUGUGCAGCAUGUUGAUGGCAUCAAAUCUCCUAGUCUAGAAGAGACAAGGUCUCCUGAUAAGGGUGCAGUAAAUGUUCUUUUGAUCCUUGCAUGUGUUGCCUUUGGAUCUGCCUCGUUCCUAUUUGGUUACGACGAUAAGGUUAUAUCUCCUGUCGCAGCCUUGAGCGCCUAUGUUGAAAAGUUCCAAGGUCCCAACCCUGUGGACGGAACAUUAGUUCUGACAGCGCGAAAUCAAAAUCUGGUCUUCUCUGUCCCUCUUGUUGGUUCCAUCCUUGGCGGGUUGGCUGCUUCUCCCCUAAACAGUCGUUAUGGUCGAAAAUGGCCUCUCAUUGCCGCAUAUAUUUUCUCCUUAGGCGGCGGAUUACUACAACUAUUCGCUCCAAAUCUCGGAGUAUUUGUCGUUGGUCGUUUUUGGAGUGCGAUCACUAUUGGCAUCGCAAAUGCGACUGCACCAUUGUACAUGUCUGAAGUCGUGCCGCCGUCUAUGCGAGGACGUAGUGUGACAUCUAUCAACAUUCUCUCUCUGAUAUCUGGUGUCGUUUCGACGGUUAUCGUUAAUGCGACGCGCAAUCUGAACGGUAAAAAACAAUACAUGAUCCCGCUUGCAGUGCAAUGUGCCCUACCUAUAAUCCUGAUCAUUGUCACAAUCGCCCUUCCUGAAAGCCCCCAAUGGCUGGUUGCAAAAGGUAGAAUGGAAGAAGCCCGGCGGAACCUUCGCAAGUUGCGUGGGUUUUCAGAUUGGCAAGUCGACGAUGAACUUCGAGUGAUGAAACUAUGCGAAGAAAGCGAGCGAGCACUUACAGCCAACGUGCGAUUCUGGGAAAUUUUCGACCGACAGAAUCUGAAACGCACACUCACCGCGGGGUCUUUCUAUUCAUUAAACCAGAUCUCGGGUGUUAUCCUGUCGACGACAUAUACAACAGUUUUCUUGACAGAACUUGGGGUUGGAAACCCUUUCCUUUUCACGGUCAUUGCGUCUUGCUGUACCCUAGCUGGAACAAUAGUUGCUCCACUUGUUAUUGAUCGUGUGGGUAGACGCCCAACGGCAUUUGUUGGAAUGACACUACUUCUCCUUAUCGACAUAGCUGCAGGUGGCCUGGCCUUUAACACUGGCAAUAAAAACUCGGUGCUAGGUAUUGCCGCACUAGGUUUUAUAUUCAACUUCUUCUGGGGAGCCGGUUUCUACUCUCUGUCGGCCCUGAUGCCAUCCGAAAUAGCAACUCCCAAACUACGAAAUCACACCAUGGCCUACACAAUUGCAUGCGCGCAGACUACUGCCGUCAUAACCACAUUCGCGGUGCCCCAACUGACUUCAGCUGAUGCAGCUAACCUUGGCGCGAAAACCUAUCUUGUUUUCGCGGGUUGUAUGGCCUGCGUUCUGGUGUUUGUUUACUUUUUCAUGCCCGAGACGAAGGGACGCACCUUUGCCGAAGUUGAUGAGAUGUAUGAUGCUAAUAUCCCUAUGUGGAAAUGGCGCAGUUAUCAAACCACAACUGAGGCAAAGCAAGCGAGAAUCGUGGUUGGUUAA